CGGGCCCGGUCGAGAGUCCGCAGCCAGCUGCCGGAGCCGCACCCGCCGCGGACGGAGCCCAUGCACUGGGCGAGCCGCGCGCCCUGGCCCCGGCCCCCGCCGCCGCCCCCGCCCCGGCCCCGGCCCCGGCCCCGGGGGCAGUCGCGCCAGUGAGCGUCCUGUGCUGUGGCCUCCUGAGGAGCGAUGACGGAGUAUAAGCUGGUGGUGGUGGGCGCUGGAGGUGUGGGGAAGAGUGCCCUGACCAUCCAGCUUAUCCAGAACCACUUUGUGGAUGAGUACGACCCCACCAUAGAGGACUCCUACCGGAAGCAAGUGGUCAUUGACGGGGAGACGUGCCUGCUGGACAUCCUGGACACCGCGGGCCAGGAGGAGUACAGUGCCAUGCGGGACCAGUACAUGCGCACCGGGGAGGGCUUCCUCUGCGUGUUCGCCAUCAACAACACCAAAUCUUUCGAGGAUAUCCACCAGUACAGGGAGCAGAUCAAGCGGGUGAAGGACUCGGACGACGUGCCCAUGGUGCUGGUGGGGAACAAGUGUGACCUGGCCGCGCGCACCGUGGAGUCUCGGCAGGCCCAGGACCUCGCUCGCAGCUAUGGCAUCCCUUACAUCGAGACCUCAGCCAAGACCCGACAGGGCAGCCGCUCUGGCUCUGGCUCCGGCUCCGGGACCCUCUGGGACCCUCCGGGACCCCCGUGACCCAGCAGCCCCUCCUGCUGGGGUGGAGGACGCCUUCUACACGCUGGUGCGCGAGAUCCGGCAGCACAAGGUGCGCAAGCUGAGCCCGCCCGACGAGGGCGGCCCCGGCUGCCUGAGCUGCAAGUGCCUGCUCUCCUGACACCGCCGCUGCCCCGUCUGCGGACCUUCUGCGGGGCCUCCAUGCAGCUGGGCGCUGGGGCGCAGAGGUGGCGGAUGCGGGGAGGAGGCGCACGCGGAGGAAGGAGGAAGGAGGAAGGAAGGAAGUGCCGCCGGCGCCCGGCCAGCCCCGGUCGGCGGCCACAGUGGCCGCAGGCCUCCCAGGACGCUUUGCACGGACUGUCGUGGACUGACGCCACUGGCACCCCAGCUGUCACUCUCCUCCAGCCCCCUCCCCGGCCCGCUGGGCACAGGCUGAAUCGCAGUAAAUUAUUUGAUGGUCUUGA